UUUUGAUAUAUUUCGGAGUGGUUUAGAUUUCACUCGUCUCAGGGGUUGGUAGAAAUUUUUUCGUUGCCCUUCCUAUGAAAUAAAUCUUGUUCUCAAUGGAUAGUUAUGUAAUUAAAAUCCUCGAAAUGGAUAACGUGUUAUGAAAGAUGCAUGACUUAUUAGUUGCUGUCGUGAUUCUUCAUUAGAAAGAUAAGUUUUGUUGCAGGUGUGGUGUAAAUUAUGGCUACAUAUUUGGCUUCUGUGAAGGGCAUUGUGGCAUUAAUUACCGGUGCUGCGUCGGGCCUUGGAGCUGGUACAGCGCGGUAUCUUCUCGAACAUGGAGCCAAAGUGGUCAUUAUGGAUUUGCCACAAUCGAAGGGUGAGAUACUGGCGAAGGAAAUGGGGCAAAAUUGCUUGUUUACUGCGGCUGAUGUGCGGUCUUCAACUGAAGUAUCAAGUGCAUUCCACACUCUGAUCAAUAAAUUUGGACAGUUGGAUGCUGUUGUGAAUUGUGCUGGUGUAUCAUAUCCAUUCAAGCUGUACAAUUUGCAGAAGAAAAAAGCUUGUGAUGCAGAACUUAUCCGCAAAACAUUUGAUGUUAACGUUUUCGGUACUUUCAACGUUAUACAGCAUGCUCUUGAAACAUUUGCGCUUAAGAGCAAAGACAGCUUGGGUUUUCGUGGGGUUAUCAUCAAUACAGCAUCUAUAGCAGCUUACGAUGGGCAAGUAGGACAGAGUGCUUACGCUGCUUCCAAAGGCGCCAUUGUAAGUGCAACGCUUGCGUUUGCUCGUGACUAUGCCGAAGAUGGAAUACGAUUUAUGACAAUUGCACCGGGACUUUUUGACACUCCACUGAUGAGUGGACUUCCUGAAAAGGUACGAACUUUUCUAGCCGACAUGAUUCCACUCCCGAAUAGGUUGGGUAGUCCAGAAGAAUUUGGCGCCUUGGUACGUCAUAUCAUUGAAAAUCGGUACUUAAAUGGCGAAGUGAUACGUCUUGACGGUGGCUUGCGGAUGCCUCCUUAGGUCUGUAAUAAUGCAUGAUCGAUUCGAAAUUUACCCUCUUUUUGUAAAGGAAAAAUAUAAUUGGAAUAGUAGUCGGAAAUAGUAAAGAGGGGUUCACAAAUAUAAGAAAUGUUUUAAGAUGAAAACAUUGUGCAACGAACCGUCAUAUUAUAUAUCCGCCCAUAUUUACAAUAAUUGUUUGUCUGUUAUCCGGUGAGCAGUUACUUGUUUAUUGACAUUCAUUUCUUGGUAAACUUUUGUAGUGCCUUUGUUCAUUUUGUUUCGUACAAAUGUUCUGCUCAACGGUUGUUACAUAAAUACGUUGUUAAUUUGUCACGUCUGAAUAAAGC